AUGCCCCUUCUAAACAAGGACGAAGAUUGUCGUGCAAGCGAUGCCAAUAUCGGAAGAUGUUCUCGUACAGAACCUUGCGAAAAAUGCACAACUGCCGAUGUGAAAUGCGAAUACUCUGUGAUUGACCGCAAACGUACUCCAGCGUCCGCCGAGUACGCCCUAAGCCUUGAGAGACGAGUCCAGUCGCUUGAGUCUUUCAUCAUGAAUCUUAAAAGUGCCUCUCACAAAGAGCGGGAACACAUGCUUCUCUCUAUGACAGCUGACCAACUUUCCAACGUCCCACCUGGCAAUCGGAUGGAACGAGAGGUAUUGAAAAUAAACGAGCUCAACUCCACAAACCUCGAACUCGACAUAGAUGGUGCUCUCAUCUUCCACGGUGCAACGAGCAUCUACCGUGUCGAGCCUCACGGAUACUCUCAAAGUCGACACAACCCUAUGCUCUCCUGGGCUGGACAAACCGGAAGUGUGGUUACUAACUUCGAACACGUCAUGGAGCACUUCGGUAUCAGCUCAGAAGGUGACGUCGUAAUCCGCGCCCUUACUGAUUUCUUUCGGUGGCAAUACCCCUACUUUAUGUUUGUCUACCGUGAGGCUUUCUUACGGGACCAUUUUGGGGAUAGAAAAAAUUGCAACUACUGGUCAGCAGCGCUACUCAUGGCACUCUGUGCGCUCGGGGCGAUGGUGGCUUCUGACGAUAAACAAAGACGGCUCAGCGACCAGUUCUUCCUAGCGGCUGAGAGCAUCAUCAUGGUCUCUGGGCUUGCAAAGCCUUCCAUCCCGACAGUUCAGGCAUUUCUAUGUCUCGCAUUCUACGAGAUUGGCCGAGGUAACCUGUCUAAAGGCUGGAGUUUCUCCGGGAUUGCCUUCCGCAUGGCACAGGAUCUUGGAUUCCAGCGCGACCCAGAUAAUUGGGUGCCUCACAAUGCCUCACUAGGCACUCAUGAAGACAGCGAGAUUCGCAGACGUAUUUACUGGGGUUGCUAUAAUUCUGAUAAGCUCAUCAGCCUCAUCCUAGGCAGGCCGGUUCACCUUGUAUACGAUGCCGCUGAAGUUGAUGCAUUGAAGAUAUUGCCCGAUGGACCGGCAAUGGAGUAUUGGCGUCCUGUGGGCUUCGAAGCCAACGGUGAUCACACGAUAAGAGACACCAUCUCUAACAUACCUUUUGUCCAGGAGCAGAUACGCCUAUCUCGGAUCGUAGAAAGCAUGAUGACUGUCCUCUUUCCCGUUCGGAUCAACCAGGAUGCUGUCUAUCGUACAUCCAAUCUAAACAAACUCAAUCUAGAAUUAUUACGGUGGCAUGAAUCUCUGCCAACUUUUGCAAAAUGGACUCGCUGGGACAUGACCAAUCUCAGCGCAGUGCCAGGGCUAAUAGCGGUUCAUGCUCGUAUUGCCUUGAAUCACGACAAUGCCGUCACUGGCCAUCAAGAGAUUGAGCGAAACUCUUCUUGCCAGUACUGCGUCACCUCAGCCCAGAAUAUCAUUACCCUCGUACGCAUCUACCGCGUCAGGUACGAUCUGCGACAUUCGCCUCUUGUGCUCGUCUACGCUUGUGUACAGGCUAUUCGUGUCGUUAGUAUACUUGGAACAUCGGAGGAAGAAGAGUACCUUACUCAAGCACUAGGCGAGUGCUCGGGGACCUGGGCCCUCGCCAACCAGAUACAGCUACGCCUCGCCAUCAUGUCACCAUAA